AUGUCUCUUUCUCGCCACAUUGAUGCUGAAAGGUUGAUUGAGCAAAUCAAGGAGCACCCCCACAAGAAACAUUCUUCUGCAGAAUCCCGUCGUGGACUACACAGGUCAUGGAGGCGCGAUGAAGAUGCCGCUGACCUCCCAAAAUACACGCUACCCAAGCACGGUAUCAACUCCAAAGCAGCUUACCAACUCCUUCAUGAUGAGACGGCCUUGGACGGAAAUCCUCUUCUAAACCUUGCAUCUUUUGUGCACACCUGGAUGCCAGAGGACGCUGAUAAACUUAUCAUGGAAAACAUCAACAAAAAUAUCGUUGAUAUGGAUGAAUAUCCAGCAGCGUCGCUUAUCCACAAUAGAUGUAUAUCAAUGCUGGCCGAUCUUUGGAAAGCCCCAAAGGAAGGCAAGGUCAUUGGCACUGCUACCGCUGGCUCCUCGGAAGCUAUCAUGCUCGGUGGGCUUGCGUUGAAGAAAAGAUGGCAGGAGGCAAGAAAGGCUGCUGGGAAGGACUAUUUCCAUCCUAACAUUGUGUUUGGGUCAAAUGCUCAAGUGGCGCUAGAAAAAUUCGCGAGGUACUUUGAUGUCGAAACUAGACUUGUCCCUGUCAAAGAAGAGAAUGGAUUCGUCAUGAACCCACACGAUGCCAUUCCCUACAUCGACGAGAAUACCAUUGGCGUCAUCGUUAUUUUAGGAAGCACCUAUACCGGCCAUUUCGAAGAUGUAAAGCUAAUGAGUGAUUUGUUGGACGACCUGGAGAAACGCACUGGAUUAGACGUCAAGAUACAUGUGGAUGGGGCGUCGGGCGCUUUCAUCGCGCCUUUCGCCUAUCCUCAUCUGAAGUGGAGUUUUGACGUUCCGCGUGUAGUGUCCAUCAAUACCUCCGGACACAAAUUUGGUCUCGUAUACGCCGGGCUUGGCUGGGUUCUGUGGCGGGAUGAGAGCUUCCUGCACCGUGAUUUAGUGUUUGAGUUGCAUUACCUUGGGAGCACGGAAUACUCUUUCACUUUAAAUUUCUCAAAGCCAGCAGCGCCCGUCAUCGCCCAAAUGUUCAACUUUCUCAACCUGGGAUUUGAAGGGUAUAAAAAGAUUGCAUACAAGGACAUGAGGAAUGCCAGAAUGCUAUCCCGUGCUCUCGAGAGCACAACUUAUUUCAAAGUUUUCAGCAAUAUCCACGUUCCCCGAAAUUCGGACAGUGCCCACGUUAGCUCUAAUAACAAAGAUGACCCCGAGACCUACCAUGCAGGCCUCCCCGUUGUCGCUUUCCGGCUAUCCGACGAAUUCAAACAAAACUAUCCUAAUGUUCGUCAAGUGUGGAUCCAGACGUUAUUGAGGACUAAAGGGUGGAUAGUCCCCAACUACAACGCACCCCUUGGGGCAGAAAACAUCGAAAUACUACGGAUCGUAGUUCGUGAAACAUUGAGCGAAGAUUUGAUCGAGCGUCUCAUCGUCGAUAUCGUUGCCGUAACUGAGUCUCUUACAACUGAAGAAGGCAACGUUUUUGCUGGCAUAACUGCAUCUGGCGCUGUAGUCAAGCCUGAUCUGGAUGAGGCUCGUCCGGACUCGUCUAAUUUCAAUGAUUCAGGCGAUGGGGAAGCGCAGGGUCAAACUGGAUAUUCCCGCCAGUGUUAA